AUGUCGGUUAUUCUCAGCUGGAAGUUGGUGUUGUUGCUCCUGUUUGGAAUAAUCAGUCUAUGCCGAAGCCUGCCAAGCUUGGAGAACCAGACGCACGAGGAGGUCAAGCAACUUAUAGCUUGCAGGCAACCCAAGGCCCCUGGCUUAUGUCGCGGCCGUCAGUUACGAUAUGCCUAUAACAAGGAUACUGGAAACUGCGAAAGUUUCUACUACACCGGUUGCGCCUCCACUGAAAACAACUUCCUCACCUUCGAAGAGUGCCGCAGGGACUGCAUGCAGCGGCUACGAUACUGAGCCUCCACAAAAAUAAGCUACUAUAGUUUUUACUAAUGCUUAAUAUAUAUCUUUAUAUUUUACAAAAUUGUCAUGAAUUGAAUGUGUAAUAAUGUGGCCUGCCUUCAGGAUCUCUUAGUCUU